GGAGGCGAGUGCCGCGUCCCUAAUUCGGCCGGAGAGCGAGGAAGGAGUGACCAGAUCCCUCCCUGCAGUCCCUCCGAGGGAAGGAAGAAAGGAGGAUGCACCGGGUGAGGCGCGCUCUCAAGGUGGGACAAGGCUGGAGAGGGAAGGGGACGAGGGCCCCUCCCGGCCUGCCCCCCGGCCCGCGCCCGCUGCCCUUCCUGGGGAACGCCCUGCAGGUCGACACCAAGAACUUCCCCAGGUCCGUGGAGAAGCUGAGCCAGCGCUACGGGCCGGUCUUCACGCUCUACCUGGGCUCUCAGCGGGCGGUGGUGCUCUUCGGCCAGGAGGUGGUGCAGGAGGCCCUGGGGCCCCGGGGGGAGGACUUUGGCGGCCGCGGAGGGAGCCCCAUCCUGGACAAGACCAUCGGCGGGACAGGCAUCGGGUUCAGCAACGGGGAGACCUGGAGGCAGCUCCGCCGCUUUGCCGAAGAGACGCUCCGCGAGUUGGAGGCGCCGACCGAGGCGUGGAUCCAAGAGGAGGCCGCCUUCCUGGCAGAGAGGCUGCACAGCACGGAAGGUCGGCCCCUGAACCCUUCCCAGCUGCUGACCGCGGCCUCGACCAACGUCCUGUGCGCCGUGUCCUUCGGCUCUCGCUUCGACUACCAAGACCCCGAGUUCCUGGCCUUCCUGCAUCUCCUGGGGGAGAACGCCCGGCUGCAGACCCGGCCCAUGACCCAGCUGUACAAUGUCUUCCCGGCCCUCCUGGACCCCCUCCCCGGCUCCCACCAGACCAUCUUCCGGAACACAAAGGAAAUGGACCGCUUCAUUGCCCGGAGGGCCGAGGCCCAGAAGGAGGCCCUGCCGCCCGGCCCCGCCCGGAACUUCAUCCACGCCUUUCUCCUCAAAAUGGAGCAGGAGGAGAAGCAGCAGCAUGGGGAGGGGGGCCCUGCCUCCGUCUUCGACCUCCGGAGUUUGGUGAGAAGCACGAUAGACUUUUUCGUGGCCGGAGCCGCGUCCACCAGCCUGGUCCUCCAGUACCUGAUGCUGGUGCUCCUGAAGUACCCCGAGGUGCAAGAGAAAGUCCACCAGGAAAUCGAGCGGGUGAUCGGCCCGUUGAGAAGGCCUUGCUUGGCGGACCUGGCCGAGAUGCCCUACACGCACGCCGUGAUCCGCGAGGCCCACCGCUCCCUGGCCCUGGUCCCACUCAACGUGCCGCGCGCCACCACCCAGGACACCCUCUUCCGGCAGUUCCUCAUCCCCAAGGGCACCACCAUCUUCCCGGCCCUGAAGCCCUCCUUGCACGACCCCCGGGAGUUCCCCCACCCGGAGCGCUUUGACCCCGCGCACUUCCUGGACGAGGCGGGCGCCCUGCGGGAGAGCGAGUUCUUCAUCCCCUUCUCCAUCGGGCAGCGUGCGUGCCUGGGUCGGCGCCUGGCCUCGACCACCCUCUUUGUGUCGCUGGCCACGCUCCUGCAGCGCUUCCGCCUGCACCCCGCCCUGCCUCCCGAGGAGCUGGACCUCUCGCCCGCCACGGGCUUCCUGACGGUGGCCCCCAAACCCUUCCAGGUCUGCCUCCUCCCCCGCUGAGCCGCAGGAAGGACACCAAGGAAGAGGAAGCGUCGCGAAGGCUGGCGGACUUUUCUCCCACGGCUUGCCCAAGGCUUUCUCUCACGGCCUGAAUCACUGGGGCGUUGGGUGGUUUUCCAGGCUGCCUGCAGCAUUUUCUCCUGACAAUUCGCCUGCAUCUGUGGCUACUGGCACCUUCAGGGGAUCUGGUGGUGGUAAAGCAAGCCGAGUAUGUAAUAUCCCUUGUCUGUUGCAAUGAGCAAGCUUGGAAGCUGCAAGUCACUCAGGGAGGGUCUCUGCAUGGAGGGAGCCUAACCUCCGUUGCCUGGAGGCACCCCCUGUUUGGGAGGUGUUCGCUGGUACUUGAUUUGGUGCCUCCAGGCAACAACAGCCAGGCCACCUCUAUGCUGGUUGGUUUUGCAGCUGCAAGGCUACUCAGCACUACUCAAGCAUACUCAUUGCAACAUCCACACUGGAUUCUUUGUCCCACCCUGGGCAUCACUCCACAGAGGGUGCCUCCAGGCAACAACAGCCAGGCCACCUCUAUGCUGAGACCCUCACUGAUUGACUUUGCAGCUGCAAGGCUACUCAGUGCUACUCAAGCUUGCUCAUUGCAACAUCCACACUGGAUUCUUUCUCCUGCCCUGGACAUCAUUCCACAGAGGGUGCCUCCAGGCAACAACAGCCAGGCCACCUCUAUGCGGAUACCCUCACUGAUUGGCUUUGCAGCUAUUAUCAAGAAAGGAAGACAGGAAUGGAUCUCGCAAAGGGAAUUUCUGAAUGAAAAGUCAUGGGUAGUCAUGGGUUCAUGGGAAUGGCCGGCCUGUACGAUGUGUAUUGGAU